AUGCACGGUGUUAAACGCCAAAAGUAUGAUGCUGAGUUGAGAAAACGAAAGUUGGCAAAGGAUGUAGCAAAAAUUGAAAAUUACAGAGGCUUGACAAAUCAGUUUUUCAUAAAGCGCGAUUCCAACGACCAUAGCCUUGAAACUUUCAAACUCACUUCCACCAUACUCAAUAUCAAUCCUGAAUUUUAUACAGUAUGGAACUAUCGUCGUGAAAUACUUUUGGGGACUCUCAUUCCAAAUAGCCAAUCUGUGAACGAUCUCUUUGACACUGAAUUGAAUUUCACAAUGGCACAACUUAAAAAAGUUCCCAAAUGUUAUUGGGUCUGGACCCAUCGUCAGUGGUGUUUAGAAACCAAUCCUUAUUCCAAUUUUACCAAGGAGAUUUUUAUCGUAAACAAGCUUCUUGAGCUUGAUUCUCGUAAUUUUCAUGGUUGGCAUUAUAGACGGUAUGUGAUUGGGCUACUAGAAAAACAGACUGGUAAAUCACAAUCAUUGAAGGAGUUCCAAUAUACCACAAAGCUAAUCAACAAAAAUUUUUCAAAUUAUUCAGCGUUGCACAACAGAACCAAGCUUAUUGAAAAGAUUUUCCUGGAAAAAACUACCAUCGAAGCUGAUAACGAAGAAGACCAAAAAAAUUUGGAAUUGUUCCGGACAAAGAAGCAUUUCUUGGAGAAAGAAAUUAAUUAUUUCAAAAACGCCAUUUAUACCGAUCCUGACGAUCAAUCAGUCUGGCUUUAUUUGAAUUGGCUACUCACCUCCGAUUUUUUCAGUCUGGGUAUUGAUGCUAAAGAAUUUGUGGACCUUCUUGUUUUACAAAUUAAUGAGAUCGAUGAGCUUAACGAACUUGAAAAAGAAGAUAAUAAUGGAAUUGACAAUAAAUGGUGCUUGAAAGUGAAAUCCUCCAUUGAAUUAGCAUUGGUGAACAAAUUCAGUAUAGAGAAAAUGGUAAAUAAUGAAGGUCAAGAAAUUACUUUGAAAGAAGAUAUUCUUAAAGCAAUUGAGUUAUUGAAAAUUGCCGACCCAAAAAGAAUCAACAGGUACAUUGAGAUUCAAAAGAAUAUUGGUUUAUAG